AUGGCAGAAACAUGCCAUGAGGAGCCUACCACAGAACUCUCCAGAGCAGCGCGCUUCAAAGCCACACACCUCGCCGCACGCUAUGGAAAUUAUCACCAAUACUAUACUAAGUUCCGGGCCCCCACCGUCCCGGACGAGCGGCUUUCACUUCUCCCCGCAGAGGUCCUCCCCGGCGCGCGAGUGAUAGACCUAGGCUGCAACGCCGGCAAACUGACCCACGAGGCGAUAGCACACUGCGGUGCAGCCGCCGCCGUGGGCGUCGAUAUUGACCCGUGGCUGAUCGAGCAGGCGAAGGCCGCGUACCCGGACGGGCCGUGCACAUUCGAGCACUUUGACUUUGUGGAUGCGUCUGCGUACACGGGGACCGCGCUGGGGAAGUUCGACGUUGCACUGCUGCUGUCGGUAACGAAGUGGGUGCAUCUGAAUAACGGAGAUGCAGGGAUGUUGAGGUUAUUUACACACAUACACAGCAUCUUGAAGGACGGGGGCUAUCUGGUUGUGGAGCCGCAACCUAUGAGCAAUUAUGCGAAGGCGUCGAAGAAGAACAAAGAGUUACGGGAGAUGUAUAAGACUAUCCAGAUGAGGCCGCCGUUUGAUGCCGAGCUGACGGCGCUGGGAUUCGAGAGCAUAAUGCAGGUUGAGAGAGAUGAAGAGGGCUUUGCUAGACCGGUACAUGUUUGGAAAAAGGUAUCAUGA